CGACCAAUAGGAAACAUGACAUGUACCCGUCCUCACAUCUAAGCUGCGGAACGGCAUCAACAAGCUUAUUAGAGCGAAAGAAACACAGAAUACUGAAGUACCGCCGUUUCGGUUGAAUCACAAUGUUAUAGCCGUCUCCAUUAGGCGUGCAGCAUACGAACCCCGACGCCAGGGGACAAAUAUCCCGGUCAGAAAUGGUUGUUGUUGUGGAAUUUAGCGCAGGACGCGUAGGAGCGCACUUGACAGCUGGAAUGUAACGUUAACUGGUUUCUGAUGAGCUCGAGCAGGCUAACAAACACAGCUAGCUGAUGAUUACAGCUCUUAUGACAAUGUGUUUCUUUGCGAGUGCACAGCAGACGCAUGCUUAGCAGGAUAUAGAAGUAUGCUAGGAUGUUCAAAAAUGUGUUCGGUUCAGGAUUUCUGGUGAGGACCGCUCAUGUCAUUUUGACAUGGGUUAUAACGCUGAUUCUCUUCCUACACGACACCGACCUGCGCCGGCAGGAGGAGACUGGGGAGCUCACACUGCCGGUUCUCUUUGUGCUGCUGGUUCUGGUGUCUGUGUUGCUGUACUUUGCGGUCUCACUCAUGGAUCCUGGUUUUGUCCUGACUGAUGACUGUGACUUGCAGUUCACACUUGGUAUCGCAGAAGAAACACAGGAUAUGAUUCCACAGACCACCAAAUCCAUACGACUGCGGCGCUGUGGACACUGUCUGGUGCAGCAACCGAUGAGAUCGAAACACUGCCAGACGUGUCAGCACUGUGUGCGUCGCUAUGAUCACCACUGCCCCUGGAUCGAGAACUGCGUCGGGGAGAGGAACCAUCGCUGGUUUGUGCUUUAUCUGGCCGUCCAGUUUGUGGUCUUGCUGUGGGGACUGUACAUGGCUUGGUCAGGCUUCAGUCACGCCUCCACCUGGCAGCAGUGGUUGAGGACUAACGGUGUUCUCCUGGGAGCAGCAGCAGUGGUUGCCAUUUUGGCCCUCACCGUGCUCCUCCUCCUGGGCUCGCACCUCUACCUGGUGUCCUUAAACACCACCACAUGGGAGUUCAUGUCCCGACACAGAAUCUCAUACCUCAAGCACUGCGGUGCAGACGAAAACCCUUUUGACAAAGGAAUCCUGCGCAAUCUCUGGGGCUUCUUCUGCGCUUGGGAACCGGUGGUUUGGGAGCACGUUUACUUCAAGCAGGGCAAUGAUCCCAUUUGAUUCCCUGGGUGUCGUGAUGUCCCUGACGUAUAACCAAUAAGACGGAAGUUGAUAUUUUAUUAGCGGGAAACUUCUUUAAACUUUGCAGGACGUCUACUUCGGUUUCCUUGUGAAUGAUCCAUUUGGAAAGUGUUUCUUAAAUGCAUGAACUUUGUAGUUGCGAUGAUGUGAUGAUCAAGUGUUAUCAAAUGAUGAGUGUUUUUAUAAAAGGUGUUUUGCGAAUUCUUUACCAGUACUUUGACAAUUGUGCUGAUUUUUGCACAUUUUUAAAGCAAACACAGAACAAAAAGCACAAGAAAAAAUAAAUCACAACAGUUUUUUGGAGCUGUAUUGUGGUUUCCAGUUAAUGCAAUACAUUAAGAUAUGUGAAACUCGUGCGUAUGUAUUAAUUAAGCUCUCUUACAUGGUUCUACAAAGCUGCUGUACAAACUAGAACUAUCUUCAUUUAUAGCAGCAACAAAUCAUGUUGUACAGUUACAUCAGCAAUGACUUUGUGCAAUUAUUGGAUUUGUGAAAUUUUUACAGAUUUGUUUUUUAGAAUAUAGAUCUCCUCGUAUAAGAGACAGGGUAAUGAGAAAUUGAAGUGAAAUAACAUCCUCUAGCACUUUAUAUAUAUUUGAGUGGUGAGAUUUCAAUAUGCUUGUAAUGUGAUUUUAUAUGAUUAAAUGUACCAUAAUCUGUAAACUAGACAUGACAAAUCAACAAAUUAAAAUACUUUUUAUAGGGUACAUUUCCAUGACACUUAAGACUUGGCAGUAUGACUGUAUAUAUACACAUUGUUACUGAAGAAAUAAAGUCUUAUCAUAAAAUGCUUAAUCACAUGCUUAGAGAAAAGGAUUGACUCAUUAAAAACAAAUUAAAUAUCGCUGCCAAGCAGCCUCCCGCUGGGUCAUAAUGCCUGGCCCAUGUGGUCUUAACUUUAUUCAAGGGUUGCAGUGUUACACUAAUAAAUAUUUAUGAAAAGGAUAGAUCUAUCCAAGUAUAUAACGCAUCAACUCGGGUUAUAACAGAUCAAUUGGCAUCAAUCACAAGUUUGAUUUUACUUUAUUGUGAAAAUCUAUAACUUAAAAGGAUUACAAAUGUCAAACCUGACUCUGUAAAUUAAGACUUCUCAAAAAUACACUAACCUAAAAAAAAUUACCGUUAAAAAAUAAAUAAGUAAUAACCUUUUUUGAGGUUUUGGAAUAACUACCUAUUAAAAGAGUUAUAUUGUAAAAUAAAGUGAAUAAAACAAAUUAUGUCACCAUUAAUCUCGGAAAACACAUUUCUAAAAGGUGCUGUUGACCUGAAAUUUUCCCCAGAUGAGAAUAACAAAUAAAAUGACAUGGAAAAGAGAAGUAUUGAACACAUGAAGGAAGGCAGGUGUAAAAGGCAUGGAAAGCCCAGACAGCAGCUGAAAUCGCUGAGUAGCUGAGUAGUUAAUUAGCAGUUCUGCCCCUUGUCAAUGUAAAUGAAUAUUAGCGGUUUCAGUUCAACACCUACAUUAGCAGAUGAGGAAGAUGAAACCAGGGUGGACAUUAGGACUGUGCGAUAUGGGCAAAAGAAACCCAUCAUGAUUUUCUUGAACAAUAUUGCGAUUUUAAUCACGAUUUUGUCUCAGACAGACUAAAUCUAUGUUUACAGUGUGAAUCUGAAACAUAUUUCAAAAGAAAAACAAUUGGAUCUUUAUCAAAGACCUGUAAAAUGUCUCUAAAACAGACAUAAAAUAAAAUUCUCCCCAUACAUAAAACCCGUUACAGAGCAAUGCAGCAAUGUUUUGUUAGUUUGUCAUCCUCUGAGAAAACGGUUGAUGGUCACCGAGCAACGUCAGAGGGGCACCUGCAAAGCAUGUUGAACUUGACUUAUUGCGCUUUUAGAUGCAAUUUAUGACGGACUUACAAAUGGUUCUGCCAUACAUCAGCCUUCCUGUAUCCAAAGUAACUUAAUCCCAUACCACAGACAUUGGCUAUUUGCACGCUGCGUUAUGAUCGGUUCAAAUAGCAUACUGCAGGAAAAUUGUGCUGUAAGGUGAUUUAGAAAUUGCGCAUGUCCAAAUCACGGGUUCGAUACGAUUUCAAUGAAAUCACACAUCCUUAGUGGACAUUUCAGCAAAACAA